AUGAUGGGUUGGUGGUCCUCAUCCGCCAACACGGCUCUAGACGAGCAGAUCGAAAAGGCCACCAGCAGCAGCCUCGAAGACAUUGCCCUGAAUCUCGAGAUCUCCGAUGUCAUCAGAUCCAAGACUGUUCAGCCAAAGGAGGCUAUGCGCUCUUUGAAGAAGCGCAUAGGCAACCGCAACCCGAAUACACAGCUGAGUGCACUCAACGCACGCACCCACUUCCUUGCCGAAAUCGCCUCAAGAGAGUUUAUGGACAACCUGGUGUCACUUCUCCAAGCUGUGGGGGCGGUGGCUGUAAACGCUGAGGUCAAAGCCAAAAUCCUCGAGCUUGUGCAAUCGUGGGCAGCCGCUACAGAAGGACGGCAUGACCUGGGAUACAUCGGUGAAGUCUACAAAACUUUGCAACGCGAAGGUCACCAAUUCCCUCCCAAGAUCAGUGUCUCCAGCAGCAUGAUUGACAGCAGCGCCCCCCCCGAAUGGAUAGACUCCGACGUCUGCAUGCGAUGCCGAACUGCCUUCACCUUCACAAACCGGAAACAUCACUGCCGAAACUGCGGAAACUGCUUCGACCAGCAAUGCUCGAGCAAGUCCAUACCACUUCCACACCUCGGCAUCCUCCAAGCAGUCCGUGUGGACGAUGGCUGCUUUGCGAAGCUUUCUGAUAGGGGCGGCCGCGGAAGCCAGGCAGGCGCGUCGCAAGAUAGGACGCCGACUUAUCCGCACAAGACACGGAGUACCUCCGCCAUGCAGCCACGGAGCGCUCGAGCCGACGAGGGUUUCGACGAGGAUCUUAAGAAGGCGUUGGCUAUGAGUUUGGAAGAGGUCAAGGGCCACUCCAAGGGAUAUGUUGAGCCGAAAGUCAACGCCCCGACAGACGCAAACGCCGGUGGCAAAUCCGCCGCCGCCAGACAGGCUGAGGAUGACGAUGAUGACCUCAAAGCUGCCAUAGCUGCAUCGCUGGCAGAUAUGGAGGAACAAAAGCAGCGACAUGCGGCCGCGUUCAAGGAACAGACGUUCACAGCGCCGUCUGCUGCGACAUCCACUUUCGCACUUCCGAAGAACGAUUACGAGUUGACUCCGGUCGAAGCCGAAAACAUCAACCUAUUCGCAACGCUUGUCGACAGGCUUCAGACGCAACCCCCCGGCACAAUUUUGAGAGAGCCGCAGAUUCAGGAGCUGUAUGACAGCAUUGGUGCCCUGAGGCCGAAGCUUGCGCGGACAUAUGGAGAGACUAUGAGCAAACACGAUACACUGUUGGACCUCCACGCCAAGCUAUCCACCGUGGUGCGAUAUUACGACAGGAUGCUGGAGGAGCGCCUAUCCAAGGCAUAUCACCAACACACCAUUGGAGGCUACAACAUGCCGCCACCCCGCCAAACUUCCUACCCAUCUAUCCAGGGCGGCGUUCCAGGCGCGGCCGAGAACUUCUACACUGGCGAGCAGCGACAGGACUAUGGACAAGCGCCGCAAAUGUACCCACCACACCCCCAGCAAACCCCCCAGCCGCAGUAUGCAUCUUACAACCAUACGGGCGCUGUUUCAGGUCCUCCUACAGGACAAUAUCCUCAUCAGGGAGUCCAGCGAACCGAUAGUUGGAGGAGCGGGACAGGGCCUCCUGAAGGUCAGUAUCCUCCAUCAGGAUACCCAGCCGAAGCUCCACCUGCGCCAACAAAUAUGCACCAUGCUCAUGGCCAACCUGCCGAGACGCCUUCCGCCGACCCGAACACCACGGCAGCAUCAUAUUAUUAUAACCCUCAACAACCUAGUGCCCCACCAUCAGCACUGCCCAGCGUCGACCCUAAUGCGUCUCCCUACCCUAACCUCCAACAGCAACAACACUACCAUCAACCUCCCGGACCGCAACAGACGCCUGACCCGGGCAGCGCGCCUGCAGGCCAGCCUAACCAGCACCAAGCUCCACCUUCGCAACAGAACUACUGGCAGCCUUCAGUACCACAGCAAUCCUCGCAGCAGCAGCAACCAUGGAAUGGCCAGCAGCAGCAGCAGCAAUAUCCCGGGUAUCCGCAGGAGUCGGCACCAUCGGCCUCGCAGGCUGCCCCGAAACAGCCAGCCGUGGAAGAAAGCCUGAUUGAGCUGUGA